CCAUGGGAGGAUGCUGGGACACGGGGGGUGUUUUAGGGACGCGAUGGAGGAUUUAGGGACCCUGGGGCGGGGUCAGAAGGGGACCCCAAAGCUGCGGGAUGCAGUGACCCCACGGGGGACGGGGGCUCUUCCCUGUCCCCCAGGUUCGGGGGCCCAUGGCAGAGCAGGACCCGGCGCUGGAGCCGGGCUGGCUCCUGUCCCCCGCCGGCCGCCCCUACCUGGACUCCAUCCUGCACAAGAAUCAGCGGAGAGUGUUCGGUCUGCUGGAGCGCCCGGCGCUGCCGCCCGCCCUGGCUGUCCCCACUGUCACCUACAAACUCUUCCUGGCCGGGAAAAGCGGCGUCGGGAAGACGGCGCUGGUGGCCUGGCUGGGGGGGACCCCCGCACCCCCCGCCCACCACGAGACCCUGGGGAUCGAGGCCACCACGCUGUUCUGGCCGGCCAAGCCCCGCGCCAGCGGCCGCCCCGUCCUGUUCCAGCUGCACCUCUGGGACUGCGGGGACGGAGCGCUCAGGAAGUUCGAGCACCUGCUGCCCGUGAGCGGGGGACGCGUUUCGGGGGGUGGGACAGCUCCAGGAGCCCGCAGUGAGGGGUGUCCCCGUCCCCAGGCCUGUAAGGAGGAGGCGGACGCCGCCCUGUUCCUGUUCUCCUUCACGGACCGCGCGUCCUUCGAGGAGCUGCCGGCGCUCAUGGGCCGUGUGCUGGGCCCCGGGGACCGCGACCUCGUCAGGAUGGUCGUGGGCACCAAAUUCGACCUGGCCCCACACGCGGCCGUGACGGAGGGGGACGUGCGGGCCUUCGAGGGGGCGUGGGGGCUGCGGGUGCUGCGGGUGGGGGGGACCGCGGGGGCCGGCGGGGCGCGGGCGGGGCUGGCCCGGGUCGCCCCCGUGCUGGACGCCCUGGUCGAGGGGCUCUGGCGGCGCGACCAAGUGACCGUCGGCGUCACCCCGGGAGACACGGGGGACACCCCGACAUGAACCCCCUCUCGGGGCGGGUUUGGGGGCUGGGAGGGGUA